AAAUAGACGACAAGAGUGAAUUUGCUGGCACAAGGGUGAUAGAGUGGGAUCGUAAAAAUUUGAGGAUUUCCCUAGGAUAAAAUUGUUAAGAUUAAUUUAAAAUAGUCAAAAUGUCAUCACCGGAAACAAAACUAGAGCUCUACGAUGACUACGCUUCGGCGACGGAAUCGAUGGAAGGUCAAAUGUCGGUCCAGUCCGCGAGUCGGAACACGACGGAUCCGUCCGCGCCCAACUUCAGCACACUUGACGAACCCAUCAAAGACACAUUCCUCCGUGACGUGAAGGCGGUCGGCGUCAAAUUUUACCACGUACUUAUUCCAAGGGAGAAGAAGACCCUGCUAAAGGACUGGGACCUGUGGGGUCCGCUAAUACUGUGCACCUUUAUGGCCACGUUUCUGCAAGGGACUGGGGACGAGCUGUACGAUGGGGGGCCGGAGUUUGCGCAGGUUUUCGUGAUCGUGUGGAUCGGAGCGAUGAUUGUGACGCUCAACUCGAAGCUACUGGGAGGGAAUAUCUCAAUCUUCCAGUCGGUGUGCGUUCUGGGAUAUUGUUUGACACCCUGUGCCCUGGCACUGCUGGUGUGCAGAAUAAUCCUGCUAGCAGAGCAAACGACUUUCCUGUUCUUUCUUCGGUUGAUCGUAGCAGGCGGUGGGUUCGGGUGGGCUACUUACGCUUCCAUCAUAUUCCUCGGUGACAGCCAGCCCGCCAACCGGAAGGCCCUGGCCGUCUAUCCGAUCUUUCUGUUUUACUUCAUCAUCUCGUGGCUGGUAGUGGCCCACAGUAACGUCUAAGGGUUAGCCAAGCCAAGUCUGAACUGAACUGAGCGAGAGAACGAGUGAUAGCUGAGCAGAGAAACCACCCUCGAUUUGAGUGUGUAGCUAGAGUCCUGUGUCCUGUGUAGUGUAACCAAGAAAACGAUGACGUAGAAGCAGAUGUGUAUGUAAAUAUUUAGUUCGAGGCAACAGUGAGACGCUUUUUAACCCCGCUACUGUCAAAAUCACAUGACACGCUGUCGAUCAUCCAUUUUUGUAUGAUAUAUUUCCUUUGCACACAAUAAAACUAUAAAAUGUACUUGGAAAA